UAUUACUAUGCGCCGCCAGAGUGGGUUAAUACGAAAAAUCGGUUUCGGACGCGAACGAAUCGUAACAGAACUGCAAUCCGCGUGGCACCGGUGGUACGUAAACACCGACUGCAUACACGAUAUUAUAUUAUUUUAUAAUAGCACAAUAAUAUAAUAUACGACGCACGAGCCGCGACGUCGGUCCGAGGUUUAGUAUUCACCUCCGUUUCGUGUGCGAAUUUUCCUCGGUCGUUGUUUCCCGCCGGAAUUUAGACGGAAAGAUUCAUUGCGUCUCACUCUCAAACCAUCAAUCGUCGAUAUUUAACAUUUAUAAUAUGAUAUAGUUACUUACAAUAUACGCGGUCAAGUCGUAAAUAUUUCUAAAAUACACGUCGAGCAAAUAAUAUACAGUAUAAAAUUAUUAUUGUUAUCACUGACGUUUUAAUAUCGAUUUAUACAGCGGACAGUUCUCGAUCACUGUGCCCCAGCGAUCGUGGUAUACAGUCAAUAUAACGCUCGUCGCGCCACGCCGCCAUCAUGAUGAUGGGUCGUCAUCAGCUGAAGCUCUUGGUGGCGAUACUCGUCCUGAUUAACUGCUGGGUGGCAGCCAAGAAUAUCGUCGAAGAUGAAGCGUAUUGGAUGUCGGUGGGCAGAGCUGAGCUGAACGACGCUCUGAACGUGGUGGUCAACAACAAUGUGGCGAAGAACGUGAUCCUGUUUAUCGGUGACGGGAUGGGACCGAACACGGUAACGGCCACCAGAAUUUACAAGUACAAUGAGAGCGGACGAUUGACUUUUGAAGAGUUUCCGCACGUGGGCUUGCUUAAAACGUAUUCGGUCAACAAACAAGUGCCGGAUGCAGCGAGUUCAGCAACUGCAAUGUUCACGGGUGUAAAGGUCAAUCAGAAGACUAUUGGCCUGGACGCGAAUUACCAGAUCAAUGAUACAACUCACUGUAACAAUGCCGGUUCGCAGAGGAUCGGACUUACGUCGUUGGCCACGUGGGCGCAAGAUGCUGGAAAAAGCACCGGGUUUGUGACCAACACCAGGAUUACCGACGCUACGCCCGCCGCCCUAUACGCCCGGACGUCGAACCGGAAGUGGGAAUGCAACGCCGCCAUGCCGCCAAGCGCGAAAAACUGCAAAGACAUUGCCAGGCAGCUCAUUGAAGACCGACCGGGACGACAUUUUAAGGUUAUAAUGGGCGGCGGCAAGAAAUCAUUCGAAGCUAAUUCACCGCCGAACCCAAAGGAACCCGUUGAUAAAUCCUUGUGCGUGCGAACGGACCGCAAAGAUCUGAUCCGUGAGUGGAUAGACGACAAACUAUCCAACAACCUGUCGCAUCAGUUAUUGACCAACGUAAGCGAUAUAAAACUGUUGGACACGGAACAAACAGAGUACAUUUUGGGAUUAUUUACAAACGGAACAAUGCCAAUGGAAUAUACUAGAAGUAAAAAGUCAUUAGGAAUACCAUCACUAGAAUUAAUGACUGAAACAGCUAUUAAAGUAAUUUCAAAAAAUGAAAAUGGAUUUUUUUUAAUGGUGGAAAGUGGGUUAAUUGAUGCAGCACACCAUCAGAGCACAGCCAGGUUAGCUCUAGACGAAACUGUCGAAUUUGAUAAGACAAUCAAUACUUCAAUCAAUUUGCUACGACAGUUAGACAUGUUAAAUGACACAUUAGUGAUUGUGACCAGUGACCAUGCAAACUUAUUAUCAAUUAAUGGAUAUCCAAAUCGAGGAAAUAAUAUUCUAGAUGUGGCAGGAAUAUCAGAAUCAGAUGACGUUAGAUACACAACAUUAACAUAUUCUAUAGGAUAUGCUAAGCGCCCAGUGUAUACCCGUUAUGGUAGUAUAGUCAUUAGACAGGAUCCAAAAGCAUCCGGUAAUACAACUAAUCAUGAUUAUACUCAACAAGUUGGUAUUCCGGAAGAGACAGGUCUACAUGGAGGAAGUGACGUAGCAGUAUAUGCCAAAGGACCAAUGGGACAUUUGUUUCAUUCCAUUCACGAACAAAACUAUAUUGCCCAUGCAAUAGCAUAUGCAACAAAAAUUGGUGCUUACCAAAGUGAACAAUCAAUGAACCAAUCUUAUAUACAUUUUUCAAGCAUUUACCUUAUAAGCACAUUAAUUUUGUCAUUGUUGUAUUUUAAUGAAGUUACAGUAUUAAGAUUUUGAUAAUAAUUUUAUUGUCUUCUAAAAUUCAUUGUUUUAUUUAUUAUUUUUAUAUCGAGGUAGGUAUAUAAUUGUUUGUUCUUUUAUUUUAGGAUUUUUACAUAAACAAAAAUAUAAUUUCUAUAAAAAAAAAAAAAAAAUUGAUUAUUUCUAUUCAAAAUUU